AACCCUAAUUCGGGCUGUCUUGUCUAGUCUAGCAAAAAAAAAAGAGAGAAGCCUUUGUGUUCGUUAACCUCUCUCAUCUUCACACAAUCUCAUCCCAUUUGAGAAAAGUAGUGCUCCAAAAACAAAAUGGCUGCUCCUACUCCUAGUCCUAUUCCCGUCGGCGUUACUAAGGAACAGGCGUUUACUAUGGCACAAACGGAGAUGGAGUAUCGGGUGGAACUCUUUAACAAGCUUGCUCAAACAUGCUUUAAUAAAUGUGUGGAUAAAAGGUACAAGGAAGCUGAGUUAAACAUGGGUGAGAAUAGUUGCAUUGAUCGUUGUGUUUCUAAGUACUGGCAGGUAAAUGGAAUGGUUGGACAGCUUCUAAGUGCUGGCAAGCCUCCCAUGUAAUUCAGUUUAAAGACAAUUAUUAUAGACCAAACGAUCCAUGGAGGGAACAAAACUCUGUUUUUUGUUUUUCUAAAGCUCUAGCAAUCUUGUUUUUAUUGUUAAGGGAGUCGCAUUACAUUUUUGGCGCUGAUUUGGACAAAUUAUGCAAUUCUCUGUGAACCCAUUUUUCUAAAGGGAUGAAAUGAAAUAACAAAAUCAAAAAUCCACAAACA